UCGUCGUGUUCCCCCUCCUCUCAGUCUGCAUGCUGUAGCCCUGCUGUGCGGUCCUCUCAGCCCUCUCCCUGGAACACCAAUAGGAGGAGCCACCAACACACACACACACACACACACACACACAUUCAUACUCAGACACACACACGCGCACACACACACAGUCUGACAGCUCACAGCCUCUCUUCUGCACAUUCACCGCUAAGCACCAGCCAGCCAGGCCCGUUCAGAGCAGGGGAGCCCAGCUGUGUCGCCACUCACGAUGGAUGUACUGAUGAAGGGCUUCUCCAUGGCUAAGGAGGGGGUGGUGGCCGCCGCAGAGAAGACCAAGGCCGGCAUGGAGGAGGCGGCCGCUAAGACCAAAGAAGGGGUGAUGUAUGUAGGCAGCAAGACAAAGGAGGGAGUUGUGUCAUCAGUAAACACAGUGGCCAACAGGACCGUGGACCAGGCCAACAUCGUGGCCGACACGGCCACGGCCGGAGCCAACGACGUGUCGCAGGCGACCGUGGAGGGCGUGGAGAACGUCGCCGCGUCGACCGGACUCAUCAACCAGGAGGAGCCUGUAUACGAGGGAGAGUACGGGGGAAUGGAGCAGGGCGGUGAAGGAGGAGAGGGGUAUUAGUCGUCUUCAGGAGCUCCCCUCCCACCCUUUCCAGCAGCCCCUGCUCCUCUCGCCUCGCUGUACCAGACUCCAGAUGUUCAACAUAUUUUUUUGUGACUUAACUGAACCAAAACCUACAAGAGACUCUUCCAGAUGCUGCACACCAACCCAGCCGCCACCCCCGAUACUGCACCUCACCCUCCUUACGCCCCUCCAGCUGUCCCUCCUCACCCCCUCCUCACCCCUGCAGCCUGUAGCUCCCCCGUUUUGCCUUUCUCUCACCCGUGUGUUAGUGUCGUCCUGAUAUGAACCCCGAUGUCGUUACUGCCCCCACGCCUACCAGUCGAUAGGGAAACACACCAAGCAGUUACCGUUAACAGGCACAUGCAUGAAACACACACAUACAGUACAUAGCAAGAAAACGCCAGCAUGGACGCAAACACUGGAAGAACGCAUCAUAACUACAGUAAACUAAGUCAAUCGAUCAGUCUACAACAAUAGGUCACUCUGCGACUGAGGCCGGGUGUGAGCUUGUGUUUGUCGGCCUGUCUGCCCAUUGUAACCCAUAUAUGUGUGUGCAUGUGUAGCUGCAGGCGUGUAACAUAGAGGCUUUGUGCAAGGAGGCGGUGGAGGCAGAUUAUUCUGUUCCACGUGCUGCAUGGACAGAUGUGUAGAAUGGCUUGUCAAGUUGUAGAGUAGCAGCUGUUCUGUGUAACUUUGUGCGGCUUAGUGUGCAUUUAGACCAGCCGGAGUAGAAACGUGGAGAGAUCACGCGACGCAUCAACAACGAGAGCUUUGAAGAUCGAGAGCUUUGUUUUCUUUAAAAAUGCAAAUGUGAUUACCAGCAACUUGUACGUGCUGUUCAAUAACCAGCGUAGCUCUGACUUUGGUAGGAAAUAACCUGUUGCUGAGUCUGAUUUUUCUUCCCUGUGUAUGAACAUCACAUAGCUUUAAUAAAGAUUUAAACCAUGCUGAGAAAGAAAAUAUAAAAUGGGUUGUUUAGGUUUCAGAGAGGGAGGGAACUGGUCUGCUGUCGAAACAGAAUGAAGUUUACGUGUAGGUUCUGCAAAGCUUGAAUUAACAGAUCUGUGGCUGUUUCACUGUAGUUUAGUCUUAACCUCUGCUGUUCAUCCGUCCCAAUCAGCCCAGUCUCAUCUGUACCACAUUAACCUCCCAGCUUCAGUGUCCUCAUAUGCACCGUAUGUGUGUGUCUAAAGCUUAUGUGUUUGUUAUCAGAGGAUGGGUUCAGCCAGCAAAAUGUGUUUAUGUGUGUUUGUGUCUAGUAGGUUUGUGUGUUUUUACUUUGAGGCCAAUGGAAACUGAUGACUGCAUGUUUGCCUUAUCAAGCAAUCUGACAUUUACACACACACACACACACACACACACACACACACACACACACACACACACACACACACACACACACACACACACACACUAUACAGCACGUAAACACACAAUCACAAACACAAUUCACACACCAUGUUUAUGUUGGCAUCAAAGCAGACUCGCUGAUUUUAUAAACAGUAUCGAUGAAAAUAAAAAGAUUUUGUUGAAAUCCAACAA